UGGCGGCUGCGGGUGGUCCCGGCGGGAGCCCGGGGCCGGGGUCGUCUGUGGCCGGCUCUCCGACGCGAGGCGUGGCGGAUCGGGGCAGUCCUGACUCCCGAGAGGGAGGGAUCGAUCGAUCGAUUGAUUGGUCGUCAGUGACUAACCAUUUAGAACUGGAGUACAUCGUGCCGGGGUCCGUGUGCGGCAGCAGGCCUCCAGGACCUGUCCCUGCUGCCCGAAGGCGCUGCGACCAUGGAUGAGAGGCGGCUGCCCUGCUCCCGCCCCCUGGGGCUCUGUGUCCUCGUCUGCUUGGCCACCGCUGCCCUCCUGGGGCAUGUCCUGCUGCACGAUUUCACGAUGGUCCCCCGAGAGCUGCAUGGCUUCUCUCAAGUACCCAAGGAGAUUUACCGAGCUCCCCAGCAGGGAGCCAGCGGCCCAGGGCCCCAACCCGCCCCAGGGCGCCGCGGCAGUCCCAGAGCAGCGCCGGCACAGUGCGACACGCCCCCCGACAGCCGCUUCGACUGUGCCCCAGACAAGGCCAUCACCCAGGAGCAGUGUGAGGCCCGGGGCUGCUGCUACGUGCCUGCCAGGCGGCAGCCUCCGGGCUCCCAGAUGGGGCAGCCCUGGUGCUUCUUCCCCCCCAGCUACCCGAGUUACAAGCUGGGGAACCUGACCACCACCGAGACGGGCUACACCGCCACCCUCACUCGAGCCGCCCCGACCUUCUUCCCCAAGGACAUCCUGACCUUACGGCUGGACGUGCUCGUGGAGACCGAGAGUCGACUCCACUUUACGAUCAAAGACCCCGCCAACAGGCGCUACGAGGUGCCCCUGGAGACCCCGCGCGUCCGCAGCCGGGCAACGUCCACUCUCUACAGCGUGGAGUUCUCGGAGGAGCCCUUCGGGGUGGUCGUGCGCCGGAAGCUGAACGGACGGGUGCUGCUGAACACGACGGUGGCGCCCCUGUUCUUCGCCGACCAGUUUCUGCAGCUGUCCACCUCCCUGCCAUCCCGGUACGUCACCGGCCUUGCCGAGCACCUUGGCCCCCUGAUGCUCAACACCAACUGGACCAAGAUCACCCUCUGGAACCGGGACAUCGCCCCCACGCCCUCCGUGAACCUCUACGGGUCCCACCCUUUCUACAUGGUGCUGGAGGACGGCGGGUCGGCUCACGGGGUCUUCCUCCUGAACAGCAAUGCCAUGGAUGUGGUCCUGCAGCCUAGCCCGGCCCUCAGCUGGAGGUCAACUGGCGGGAUCCUGGACGUGUACGUCUUCCUGGGCCCGGAGCCCAAGAGCGUGGUGCAGCAGUACCUGGAAGUCGUGGGCUACCCAUUCAUGCCGCCGUACUGGGGCCUGGGUUUCCACCUCUGCCGCUGGGGCUACUCCUCCACCGCCAUCACCCGCCAGGUCGUGGAGAACAUGACCAGGGCCCACUUCCCCCUCGACGUCCAGUGGAACGACCUGGACUACAUGGACGCCAGGAGGGACUUCACUUUCAAUAAGGAUGGCUUCGGGGACUUCCCGGCCAUGGUGCAGGAGCUCCACCAGGGCGGCCGGCGGUACAUGAUGAUCGUUGACCCCGCCAUCAGCAGUUCUGGCCCCCCCGGGAGCUACCGACCCUAUGACGAGGGUCUGCGGAGGGGGGUUUUCAUCACCAAUGAGACUGGGCAGCCGCUGAUUGGGAAGGUGUGGCCCGGGUCCACCGCCUUCCCCGACUUCACCAACCCUGAGGCCCUUGACUGGUGGCAGGACAUGGUGGCCGAGUUCCACGCCCAGGUGCCCUUUGACGGCAUGUGGAUUGACAUGAAUGAGCCGUCCAACUUCGUAAAGGGCUCUGUGGACGGCUGCCCCGACAGCGACCUGGAGAACCCGCCCUAUGUGCCAGGGGUGGUUGGCGGGACCCUCCGGGCAGCCACCAUCUGUGCCUCCAGCCAGCAGUUCCUCUCCACGCACUACAACCUGCACAACCUGUACGGCCUGACCGAAGCCAUCGCCUCCCACAGGGCCCUGGUGAAGGCUCGGGGGGUGCGCCCCUUCGUGAUUUCCCGCUCAACCUUCGCUGGCCACGGCCGAUACGCCGGCCACUGGACAGGGGAUGUGUGGAGCAGCUGGGAGCAGCUCUCCUACUCUGUGCCAGAAAUCCUGCUCUUCAACCUGCUGGGGGUGCCGCUGGUCGGGGCCGACAUCUGUGGCUUCCUGGGCAACACCUCGGAGGAGCUGUGCGUGCGCUGGACCCAGCUGGGGGCCUUCUACCCCUUCAUGCGGAACCACAACGGCUUGGACAGCCUGCCUCAGGAGCCGUACAGGUUCAGUGAGACGGCGCAGCAAGCCAUGAGGAAGGCCUUCGCCCUGCGCUACGUGCUGCUGCCCCACCUCUACACGCUGUUCCACGGGGCACACACCAGGGGCCAGACUGUGGCCCGGCCCCUCUUCCUGGAGUUCCCUGAGGACCCCCGCACCUGGACCGUGGACCGCCAGCUCCUGUGGGGGGAGGCCCUGCUCAUCACCCCAGUGCUCGAGGCCGGGGAGGUCGAAGUGACUGGCUACUUUCCGCUCGGCACGUGGUACGACCUGCAGACGGUGCCAGUAGGGGCCCUUGGUGGCCUCCCCUCUCCAGCGCCUGCACCCCUCACGCCUGCCAUCCACAGUGAAGGGCAGUGGGUGACACUGCCAGCCCCACUGGACACCAUCAACCUCCACCUCCGGGCUGGGCACAUCAUCCCCCUGCAGGGCCCCGGCCUCACAACCACAGAGUCCCGCAAGCAGCCCACGGCCCUGGUUGUGGCCCUGACCUCGAGUCGGGAGGCCCAGGGGGAGCUGUUCUGGGAUGACGGCGAGAGCCUGGGAGUGCUGGAGCGCGAGGCCUACACCCACAUCAUCUUCCUGGCCAGGAACAACACCAUCAUGAACGAACUGUUGCAUGUGACCAGUGAGGGGGCCAGCCUGCAGCUGGAGAGGGUGACUGUCCUGGGGGUGGCCGCGGCCCCCCAGCAAGUCCUCUCCAAUGGUGUUCCUGUCUCCAACUUCACCUACAACCCUGACACCAAGACCCUGGACAUCCCUGUCUCGCUGACCAUGGGAGAGCAGUUUCUCAUCAGUUGGUCUUAACCAGGGGCUGAUGUGUGUUGACCCUUACAGAUUGACUUCCCAGAGGCCCCAGCACCUGUCCACUCUCCAUCAAGGUGGGUGGGCCUUGGGGUUAGAAGUGCUUACCCCAUGUCGCAUGGCAAUGACCUCCCAAACACCCAGAUUUGCUUAUGUGUCUACCUCCUGGGCUCUGGGGCUCUAGGCCAGUGGCCCAUCUUUGACAGCUUUUCUCCCCAGGUUCCACAGUCAGGCCAAUGCCCUGAGGGUUGCCCUGUUAGGAACGGGACAUCGAAGGUUUACCUCUCCAUAGUCUGUCACUGUGAAGUGUGUAAUGUCAGCUGCCACCAGCUGCCUGCCUGUGAUGGCAGAGGCAGUGCUUGGGAUGGGGAUGACGUACCUGCACCCCGAGGUCACACCACUAGAGGCUCUGCUGCUGCUCUGACCGGAUGAAAGGACAGAGCGGGGUGGCCGCUGUAGACUGCUUUCUGGGCAGCUGCCCCCCGACAACAGGUCGGCGCUGUCUGCCGGCCUGAGGAAUGGGCCCCGGGGAAUUCAGGACAAUUCACAGGACUUAGGGAAACUCUUAAUCUUAAGUGCAAUUAUCUUUAAUAAAAGAGGCGUUUGCAAUCAAGCUUCUGCUGAUCCUUCUAGGGUUCAGGAGAGGUAGGAUGUGGCCAAGGGCCAUGACAUGGGGCCCACACUGUGCAUGCUCCAAGCAGCACCCUCACAUCUCAUCACCUCACGUCCCAGUGUCACCUCACAUCCCAGUGUCAUCCAUCUCUAAGGUGGUUGGAGAAUGUCCAGCUGGGCCUGGUGUCAGAGUCAUCUGGUGGAAGAGGUGUGCCCCUCCCCCCAGGGCUGUGUGGCCAGGGCUGCCUCCCCGACAUCUCCGUCCCCAGGCAGCCACCGACUGGCAGCCACUGGCCUGCUUCGGCCAGUAGAGUUUACAUUUUCUAGAGUUAUAUAUAAAUGGAAUCACACAGCAUGUAUUCUUUGUCUGUUACCCAGCAUAAUUACUUUGAGAUUCAUCCAUAUUGGGUGUGUAUCAACACCCUGUCCUUUUUCAUUGCUAGUUUUCCAUUGUAUGGCUAUUCCACCAUUUGUUUAUCCACUUUUAAUGGACAUUAGGACUGUGUUCAGUUCUGGCUUUUAUGAAUAAAGCUGCAGUGAGCAAUCAUGGACAAGUCUUUGGAUGGACGUUUUCAGUUCUCUUGAGCAAAUACCGAGGGUGACAUGGUCAGGUCAUGUGGGGGCGGUUAAUGUUUUCAUAAACUCCAGGCUGUUUUCCACGAUGGGGUGCCAUGCUGUGCUCCUCCCAGCAGGGUGAGAGUUGCAGCUGCUCCACACCCUCCCGUCACUUGCUAUGGUCGGUCUCUUCAGUGUCAGCCAUUCUAGCGAGUGGGGACCUCAUUGUGUUCUAAACUGCAUGUCCCUAAUGACAUCUUCUCACGGACUUACCUGUCACCUAUAGAUCUUCUUUGGUGAAGUAUCUGUUGAAACCUUUUGCCCAUGUUUUACUUGGAUUGUUUAUUAUUGAGUUAUAAAAUACAUUAGUUUUCUAUUGCUACCAUAACAAAUUGCCACAAACUCAGUGGCUUAAAAUCGCACACAUUGAUUUGACAUAGCUCUGUAGGUCGGAAGUUUGCAGUGGGUGUCACUGGGCUAAAAUCCGCAGCGGCACGGCUGCGUCCUUACCAGAAGCUCCAGCGCAGGGUCCCUGUUCGUGCCGGUUGUUGGCAGAGUUCAGGUUCACGGGUGUACGGGUCUGAGCUCCAUGUUUCCAUGCUGGCGUCAACCUGACGCCCUGCGCUUCUGGAGGCUGCUCCGUAUCUUGGCUCGUGGCCCCGUCAUCUUCAAGUCCAGCAAUGGUGGGUCGAGUCCUUCCCACGCCUGAGAAUCUCUGCUGCCUCCUUGUCCACCACGUCACCCUCUGACUGACUGCAGCCAAGAAUAUUCUGGACUCUUAAGGGCUCGUGUGAUUAGUUUGGGUCCAACUGGAUAAUCCAGGAUCAUCUCAUCUCAAAAUCUGUAACUUAAUUACACCUGCAAAGUGCCUCUUGCAAUUUACUGUGACAUAUCCCCAGGGUCCAGGCCUUAGGACGUGGGCAUCUUGGGGAACCGCUCUGUCCUGCCACACACAAGUGCUUUAUAUAUCCUGGUGGUAUGCCCAUGUUGGUGUAUGGGGCACGAAUGUUUUCUCCCAGGCCGUGGUUUGCCUUUUUACUUUCAGAACGUCUUUUGAAGAGUAAAAGUUUUUAAUUUUGAUGAGGCCAGUUUAUAAUUAUUUUUAUGUCCUUUUAAAGAAACCUUUGCCAAAUCCAAAGCUACUAAAACUUCUCGUUUUCUUCUACAAGUUCUAUAAUUUUAGGUCUCACAUUUCAAGUUAGUUUUUGUAUAUGCUAUGAAGUAAUGGUCAAGGCUUUUUCUUUUUUGCAUAUGGCUAUCCAAUUGUUCUGGCACCAUUUGUUAAAAAUAGGAUUCUUUCUCCAGUGAACUGCCUCUGUACUUUUGUUGAAAAUCCUUUCAUAUAAACCUGUGUCUAUUUCUGGACUUUCUAUUGUAUCCAGGGAUCUGUAUGUGUCUAUCCUUAUGUCCUUAUUACUGUGGCUUUGUAGUAGUUCUUGAUAUCUGGGAGCUAAAGUCCAACUUUGCUCACUUUUUCAAAGUUGUUUUGACUAGCUGGAUCUGUAUUUCCAUAUAAAUUUCAGAAUCAUUUUGUAAAUUUUUACCAAAAAUACUAAGUCUCAGUAUUUUGAGUUGGUUGUGUUGAAUCUGUAGAUCAACUUGGGGAGAACAGACAUCUCAACAAUGUUGACUCUUCUAAUCCUUGAAGACAGCAUCACUCUCAUUCACUGACAUCUUUAAUUUCUCACAGCAGGGUUUUGUGGUUUUCAAAGCACAGAGCUUGCAGAUCUUUUGUCCCCAAGUAUUUCAUGUUUGAUGAUACCAUGAACUGUUUUAAAAGUUCCCUUUCCAAAUGGUCACUGCUAGCAUGUGGGACUACAGGUGCUCUCCGAAUGCUGACCUCGUAUGCUGCCGUCUCUCCUAUGCUCCACGGUUAGUUCUAGUCGCUCUGUUGUAGAUUCCUUAGGAUUUUCUCCAUAAAGGGUCACAUCAUCUGUGAAUAAAGAUGUCUUCCCUUCCAAUGCGGAUGCCUUCUAUUCCCUCUUCUUGCCUUAUUUCCCUGGCCAAACGUACAGAGUAAUGUUGAUGGAAGGGAUGAGGACAUCACGCCUUGACCCUGAGAGGGCUACUGGAAGCUCCAGUUGUAGUUGUGGGUUUGUCUGUUUCUCCCUGCAGUUUCAUCAGUGUUUGCUUCCUGCACUUCCUGCAUUUUGAAGCUCCGUUACUAGGUGCAUAGACAUUUAGGACUGGGACAUCAUUUUGAUGAAUUACCUUCAUGGCUAUGAAAUGACCCUCUUUGCCCCUGGUCACAUUCUUUGCUGUGAAAUCUACCUUGUCCAACGCUGACACAACCACUCCAGGUUUGCUUCGGUGCGUGUGUUACCAUGUGUAUUUUUCUCCAUCUUCUCACUUAUUUGUGCCUUUGUGUUUGUUGUGAGCAGUGCAUAGAUGUGUCUUGUUUUAUAAUCCAGUCUAACAAUUGGUCUUCUAAUUUUGGUUUUUAGACAAUUUACCCCCCAUUCACGCCUUUUGUUUUUAAAUAUAAUUUUAGAGGACGUGUUAGAUUCCCCACCUGAUUUUUAACUGACGUAUAGUUCACAUACAAUUCACCACUUUAAAAUGUACAAUUCGGUAAUUUUUAGCACAUUCACAGAAUUGUGCAACCAUUACCGCUAUCUAAUUCUAGAAUAUCUA